GUAAACCUACUUGUUCUCCCACAUUUUACAUUUUGCAUUUUCCAUUUUCCAUUCUCGUUCUCAUUUCUAUCGGCAAUUCCAUUCCCAAAUCCUUUCUGACCCUUCUUCCACACUCUUCACGCGGAACAAGUCCAAGUCUCAAUCGACUAAAAUAUUAAUAUCCAUCCAUAAACCCUUGAUCACAUCUUCCAAUACAUCUCAUCGCUCCCUUUCAUCGGCUUUUGUCUUUCUUCCUCCAGCCAUCCCAUUAUAGACGUCAACCCUCCCCCCGCCCAACAAAAUCCUGUCAAAUUCCUUUGUUGCUCAUCACAAACAAAGCCUUGCCGGCCGGGUCACUUCCACUCCCAGCAUAACACAACACAGCACAGCACAGCACAAUCACAACACACACAACGCACUCACCCACUCUUACAUUAUCCGCCUCCAACAUACAUGAGCCGAUAAUGUCUUCCUACUAUCAACACUUCAACGCUCAUCAACAGCACACGAUUCCGUCCAAUGCUCAAAAUGGCUCGGUGCACAAUCGAAGGAACCGAAAUACCCGCCAACCCCCAAAUUCCAUCCAGCAAACGAAACAACACCAGAAGAUGGCGAAACGUGAAGAGGAGGCUGCCGUGUUGAUGAGCUACCGUCGAACAUUCGAGUACGCAAGAUCUUUCGAUUUAGAAGACGACGCCGAGUUCUGUCCCAACCUCUUGACGGAAGAAGACAUGGUAUCAAUCAAUGGUGGCUCGGAUCGUUCUUCGCUAGCAAGUGGUUCACCUACAAACUCUCCACCGUCGACACAAGUAUCGAUAAACCUGUCUCCCGACACAAAUUUCUCUCUAAACUCCAACUCGCAUUCAUUUGUUCAAUCCGGUUUCAAUGUUUCAGCAUUAAAGAUUCAUCAGCCUUCGGCUACACGUAUUGGGAGAAACGCCAUUCCCAUCGUGAAUCCAAAUGACGGAGGAUUAAUGUCGAGCCCACCUUCUUCGGUAUCACCCGCCAGAAUGCAACAGCAUCAACAAUCAACCAGAGUUCCCGUUCGAUUUUACUAGACCUUUCACUGCUUCUGUCUUCACCCAUUAGCAACUUGGUUUUCUUGACUUCGCUUUAAUCUGUGUUAUGCAUUCUUAAUCAAUAUCUUCCUUCUGGUGGGUUACCCUCUCUCUUCGACAUCGAUCUUCCCGAUGGAUGACGGCACAUAACAAAUAACAACCUCAACGAAUCCUCUUGUAUAUUCAUCCGACACUUUCCCCUCUUCAUAUAUUCCUUGAGAUGGUUUAAUGGGCGCUCUACAUCAAGAUCUCGAUACCUUUGUUUAAAUAAGGAGAUGGUGUUUUCCCACUGUAAUGGGGGGUUUUGAUUUGGGAGCGUGCAUGCAUACUUUUUGCGACGGUGUUUCUGGGAUAAGCAUUUUAUUUAAUGGGUGGGAAACAUGAAGCGGCGACUUCAUAUGGUCUACGAAAACAAAAAGAUACAUCUUUCAAAGUUACAUAGAACGAUUUCCUUUUUUCUUGUCAAUCAUGGAGAAAGGCAUACCGGUGUUUGAAAUUUCGGUGGGUAACAUGGGUCGGACAAAGAUUUCAUCUCAAUCUCUUUGGUAUUAUGGAUCCAUGGUGUUGGUUGGGAGUGUUGAACAAAGUCGAGCGCGCUAUCUCUUUGUAUGGGUGAGCGUAUCGUGUAGCUGGUGUUGGGUAUCUUGGGCUUGUGUUUUUGGAGCGAUUUUAAAGUACAUGAUGGAUAUAUGCGGGUUUUUUUGCAUAUUUUUACAUUGCGUUCUUGAUGUAAUUCGAUCCAAUGUCAUUAUCAUAUACUUUUGGCUGGGGCGAGGCGAUUUUUGUGUGUACUUGGGAUGAUAUCAAGAAACUUGGGUAUUUCUAGGUCUUUGGUUGGGGUGAUUAGGAGGUACA